AGAGUUGAAAAACGAGGAAGAAGAUGAAGAAAGUAAUAAGUUUCAAAACGUGAAAAAUACAAACGCGGUGACGAAAACACGAUCAAUCACUAUCUUGGGAAUUGGAAUAGCCAUUUUAAUGGCGAUUUAGAGAGCGACCGACCAUACCCAUCUGGCUUUUCAGCCUAAGUUCGGCCAAAAUCCUUCGUCCCUUUAACUCUUUUUUUCAUUUUCUAUAUUUAAGCAAGGAGAUUGAGAGAUAUUUAGAGUUGAUUUGUUUUUGGUUUUUGCCCCCAAACUUUGCUCUAUAACCAUAAAAAUUUAUCUGGUCCUUACAAGGGCGCGCGUCUUCUUUUCACCGCUUAUCUCUGGAUUCUUAUCCAUUUUCUGAUUUUCUGUUGCGACUUUGAAGAAUCUAGGAGGGAAAAACGGGGAUAAAAUUAUAUCCGAAUCCCGGUAUUCUUUGAUCCCUUUCCGUUUCUUACUCCGUUUCUCAGUUGGUUUGAUUCUCUUGGUUCCUUUCGAUUCUGUUCUUUCUUUUUUUUUUCCUUGUUUGCUCUGAAACCCAUUUACCCAAAUUUGUUUUUCUUUCGUAUCCAUUCGCUAUUUGGCUUUGUGGGGUCAUUUCGUUUUCUUGAUUUUGAGGGCUAUGGCGGUGGAUUCGUACGUUUUGGAAACGGCGGAGGCUUCCACUGCCUACGAUUUAGUGUUUAAGGUUUUAAUGUUUGUUGCUCGUUUGUGGGUGGGGAUUAUUGUGGGGGUGUUGGUGGGAUGGAUUUGGAAACCUAAAUGGGCUAAUUCUGGAAGAGUUUUGUUCAAUUCUUCAAAGUUGAAGAAUAAUUUGCCGUCGUCGUCUUGCUUCGUGGGAUCAAUUUCUAGAUUGAAUUCUUUGAAAAUUCAGCUACCCAGAUGCUUGAAUUUGACGUCAAAUUGUGGAGAUGAAAAAGAAGUUCUAGCUGACUCACCAACCCCUUCCAUUUCCAGUUCAUCCAAACUAGAAGGCGAAAAAAUAGCCCGGUUAACGGAGGAGGAUUUAAAGAAUUUAUAUAGGCUUGUUGAGGAGAAAGAUGGAGGCCCUUCAUGGAUUCAAAUGAUGGAUCGUUCUACUGCUACCAUGAGCUAUCAAGCAUGGCGGAGAGACCCCCAGACGGGGCCUCCGCAAUAUCGAAGUCGAACGGUUUUUGAGGAUGCAACCCCUCAGAUGGUAAGAGACUUCUUUUGGGAUGAUGAAUUCAGAAUGAAAUGGGAUGACAUGCUUAUAAGUGCUCAAACUUUGGAGGAUUGUUCUGCCACAGGAACCAUGGCUGUCCGCUGGGUGCGCAAGUUCCCAUUCUUCUGUAGUGACCGAGAAUAUGUGAUUGGAAGAAGAAUCUGGGAAUCAGGACAGUCCUAUUAUUGUGUGACGAAGGGCGUACCUUGUUCCUCAAUACCUAGACAGAAUAAGCCAAAACGUGUUGACCUUUACUAUUCAAGUUGGUGCAUCCGUGCAGUUGAAUCGAGAAAAGGGAACGGCCAGAUGACUGCGUGUGAGGUGUUAUUAUUUCACCACGAAGACAUGGGUAUUCCAUGGGAAAUUGCAAAGCUCGGAGUCAGGCAAGGGAUGUGGGGAGCCGUCAAGAAGAUUGACCCUGCUUUACGUGCAUAUCAAAAGCACAGGGCAACCGAAGCCCCACUUUCAAACAGUGCUCUGAUGGCUAAUAUCAACACAAAAAUCAGUAUUGACUAUUUGAGAUGCUCAGAAGAUGCAUCUGAUGAUUCCUCAGACAACAAAACCUUAGAAGAGCCCUUGGAAAAACCAGCAAGGAAGAACUUGUCUAAGCUUCUUAUCGUCGGUGGAGCUAUCGCCCUUGCUUGCAGCCUCGAUCACGGCCUCUUAACAAAAGCAGUUGUAUUCGGUGUUGCCCGUAGAUUUUCAAACAUCGGAAAGAGAUGAUCAUCACCGCAACAAAUCUCGUAAUCAGCUUCAGUUUAGCAUUGGUUUCUUGACACAUAUAUGAACACCCCUUUGAAGAAAGCUUUGAAGGUGGUAAAAUUUUUAAUUUUUCCCUCUUGAGUUUGUAAAAAAAGAAGCUUUAGAAUUGGGGAAGAAGAGAAAAGGGUUAAAAGGAUUAAAAAAAGAAAAAAAGAAAAAAAAAAAAAGAAUUAGGCCUCAUGAAUAUUAUUGUAUGGUUGUAUUUUUCUUUUUCUCAUCUCAUCUUCCUGUUAUUUUGAGAUGUGAUGGUGAUGUGUUUGUAGAAUAAAUAGGGGAAAGUAAGAAGCAAUGUUGGGUUGCUAUUUUAUUAAA